GUGACAAGAUGAGUCUAAACGAGAUAACGUGAUACAUACGAGCGUUUAUACGCACUUAUAUCACGAGACGCGUAUACUCGCACUUCCCAGAACUUCUUCCAGCGAUUUCUCCUCCCGCCUCGCAUUCACAUAGAUCCUUACGGUUCCCAACGGCACUCCGUGGGACUGACUAUGAGACCAAAGAAGAGACGUAGAGGAAGAAGCGAAUAGAGCCAGUGGGAGUCAGAGCCGCGAGGCAUCUAGCAGGGUUGAAUUGUCGUCCGGACAUCAGUCGUGAAGAUCUCAUUCAAGGUUCGAGCUAUGCGGCCGUACCUCGUCAUUUUGAUCUUCAUCGCGAGCACAGUACUCGCGCGAUACCAUGAAAAAACGCGUUUUGACCGAUCUAUUCACAAUGAGGAGGAAGUAAGGAACACAGACAACGAUAAUUCUAAAAAGAAAUGGUCUUUUACCGAUGAUAUAACACAAUUCGUCGCAUACAAGAGUAAGAAGGACAACGAAUGUUACCUUGAGGAUAUAAAUCAAAAUAACGAUGUACUGCGUACGAAGCAGCAAACGAAAGUACUUUAUGCAUCAACAAUUCUUACAAAACUGGAGGCAUGGCAUCUCGCUGGAGGCCGCAUCGUCGACUUUUGCAAUGGACGAAGCUUCAUUUUACUACAAGCAAACAAACCUGUACCUGGACAAACUCUGGAUCCCUUCCUGAAUGAAAUUCCAGUAGACGAAAACAUUUUCCCAAGACGAGUGGCUGAUGUGGUAUUAACGCCACUCAUAAGUCGCACGAAAAGAGAAAUUCAAUUGGAGAAACGUGAGAAGCUAAAUAAAAGAUUCGGCCAAUUUCGUCAACGCCGACAGACAAAUCAAUUUCGAGGAAAAUUUCGCGGUCAAACACAAUCUCAAUAUUUAAACGUCGGUAACGGGCAGGAAAAGGAGGGCAAAGCGGAAGCUGAAUCUACUCAGCAAUCUUCGCGCGCAGUAGUCAGUGGUAGUCGUGGUAUGGGACAAGCGCAAAGUAUGUCGUCAGGUGGUACCGGUUGUGAAGACUGCCCUGGAUAUCCAGGUUUCGAGAUUCCAGAUAAGUUACGAAUUCCAUCCGCAAAUGGUGAUAAAUAUGUGCCUGGCGUAGGUAUCAUGCGUCCUGGAACAGGAAUUGUACCAGGAGGUGUACUUUAUCCUGGUAGAAUUACCCCAGGUGCACAAACAACAUAUCCAGGUGGGAUAGUUCCUGGAAGAGUUGGAACUUAUCCUGGUGUUCUUCCUGGAACUAGACCGGGAACUUAUCCUGGAGGUAUUCAACCAGAUGUCAUAACGCCAGGAAGAGAUGGAAUGUAUCCCGAAGGCGUUCGACCUGGAGUUGUUCAGCCUGGAGGCGUUCAACCUGGAGUUGUUCAGCCUGGAGGCAUCCAACCUGGAAUUGUAAGCCCUGGAGGUGUUCAAUCUGGAGGUGUUCAACCCGGAGGUGUUCGACCUGGAAUUGUUCAGCCUGGAGGCGUACAGCCUGGAGGCGUACAGCCUGGAGGCGUUCAACCUGGAGUUGUUCAGCCUGGAGGCAUUCAGCCUGGAGUUGUUCAGCCAGGAGUUGUAAGCCCUGGAGGUGUUCAGCCCGGAGGUAUUCAACCUGGAAUUGUUCAGCCUGGAGGUGUGCAGCCUGGAGUUAUAAGCCCUGGAGGUGUUCAGCCCGGAGGUGUUCAGCCCGGAGUGAUUUUUCCAGGAGGUGUGCAACCUGGAGUUGUUCAACCUGGAGCUAUUCCUCCUGGAGUUAUUCAACCUGGAGUUGUAAGUCCUGGAGGUGUUCAACCUGGAAUUGUAGGUCCUGGAGGUGUUCAGCCUGGAGUUGUAAGUCCUGGAGUUAUCCAGCCUGGAACUGCGAUACCAGGAGGUGAUGGAAUAUAUCCAGGAGGUGUUCGUCCUGGAAUAGUGAUACCAGGUGGCGAUGGUAUAUAUCCAGUUGUUCGUCCUGGAGUAGUUACACCAGGUAGAGAUGGAAAAUAUCAACCUGGAAUCACGGGAGGGCCGGGAACAUAUCCCGGAGGUGUUCAACCUGGUAUUCAACCCGGACAAAUUAUCUAUCCUACUGCUGGUGUUACCACGUCAGUAACAACGGGUGCUACGAUUACUGGCACUGGAAUUUAUCCAGGUAGUAUAGCACCCGGAACAAGUCAACCAAGCGGAAUAUACAUAGGAGGUACCCUACCAAUCGGAACAGGUGAAACUUAUCCUGGAACUGUAUCAGGAACUUACCCUGGUGCCGUCGUCCCAACAGGAAUAGCAGGUCAAGGAGUAUACCCUGGUGGUGCACAGCAGACUGGCGCACUUUAUCCCGGAGGAGUUGCGACUGGUAUCAUACCAGGCAGAGACGUCACCUAUCCAGGAUCCGGUCUCGUUCCUGGCAUGGUUCCGGGUACAGAUUCAGUAGCUGGUACUGGUACGCAAGUGACAAGUUAUCCAGGCGGCCGACCAACAGACGGUCAAGUGAUUUAUCCAGGUGCUGGAGGUGUCAUUCAACCUGGUAGGAUUCCUGAUGGAACAGGUGUUAGUCAAAUCACAUAUCCAGGUACAAGCACAUAUCCUGGAGGUGGUCAAGUUGUAUAUCCUGGUGGCAUACAGCAAGGUAUACCUCCCAGUGGUACUCUGUAUCCCGGUCAACAAAUUUAUCCCGGCGAUGGUAGACAAGUGGCAACAUAUCCAGGCGGACUGUAUCCAGAUACAGAUACAGGAAUCUCGAGACCAAGUGUCUCAGGAGGAACGGUCAUACCAGGAGGAACCCAGUAUCCAAUCGGUACAGGAGGUCAAACAAUAUCUGGUGGAGCAGGGGUCGCUCCUGGACAGUAUCCUGGUCAAUAUCCAAGCAUCGGUCAAGGAGUAGGUGCACCUUAUCCAGGAGUAGGGAGGGUCACAGAUGUUGGUGAAGCUGGUGUGACGGAUGACGGUGCCGAGUCGCAGGCUUCAAGUUCAGUACAGCAAGAAGGCUCGGGUACACAAGCGAGUGCUUCAGCUCAAGGUAGAUAUGGUCAGGGCACGGCCCAAUCGCAAGUGACGGGUAUCUAUAGUGGCUCCGGCACUUUCUCCGCUCAGGCUGGUACCAGCGACGCUAACAAAAGCGCUCAAGCAGAGGUCAGUGGUGGUAAAGAAGGUGCUACCAGCAAUGCGCAAGGUAUAGCUGGUUAUGGGAAGAGUCAAGCGCAGGUUCAGCUGAAUUCCGACUCCGGAGCUACUUCGACAGGCGCUCAGAGCAGUGGUUGGAACCAUGGUACCAAUUCUCAGGUGCAGGCGAGUUCCAAGGGCGGAAUGGCAGACGCUCAGGCUAACGGCGAAGGUAACACGUCCAGUCAGGCACAGAUCGGCUUCCAGCCGUAUCUGAAGACCGACGAGAAGCUAGAAAAACAUGCGUCACCCUUCCGUGGCAGUGGAACAGCCUCGGCUCAGAGCGGUACUCACAGGGGCCAAUCUCAGUCGCAACUGCAGGGUGCUUUUCAAUACGGAAUCACUUACACCGGUGCGGCCCAGGCCGGUUCCGGAUCAGGCGUUGCGUCUUCUAGAAAGCCUUUCAACUUCAGCCUCCCUGAGACUGAACUUUUCAAACCAUUUAAGCCGCAGGCUCCUCUAAAAAAACCGACGAACGUCGAUAAUUCUCAACCGAACCAAUCAGCUUCCAGCCCGGACUACGAGAAUAGACAAGACGAUCACGAACAAGGUCUACAGAGUAGCUCGACUUCAAGACAAACCGUCGUCAUAGGUGUGAGAAACAAUCCAGAGGAUUCUGCCGACAAGAAAGUGCUGGCUACGGAGAAGCAACGAACAGACGACACGAUGUAUGACGAGUACGACGAUGAUUACGGAGAUGAGUACUACGACAGCACGGCGACGUCAACGUCGACGGUGACAACGACAAGCCCGAUGAAUAACGGUGCGAGAGCUUUCACACAUCAGCGCGGCAAAAUCAAGACUGCUCAGCGACAAAGUCAGCAGACGCAAAUGACGCAGGUGAUCAAAGACGACAGAUACGACGUUCAUGUUAGCCAAGACUCACCUCGAACGGGCGACGUCCUGCAGCCAGGACAAUCUCUGAUGGGAUAUACGAUACCGCCUGGUUUUCGUGGCAGAGUAAUGUCGAUCUCAGGUACCGAGACCAUUGCUCAGGGUGAUGGUAAGUCACAGUCGCAGACCGUGUCUUUAAUACCGAAGAAUUCCACGAGCACCAAGCCGUCGGCCACGGAGACCAGGUCGCUUCAGACCAGUCACGAACGUCACGUCGAGCGUCAUACGUCGAACAGUAAGAGUCAGGCUGGCCCUUCUUCCGGCCAAGCUGCAACCUCGGACAAGCACAUAAAACCCUUAUCGACUUCUGUAACUAUAAAACCGAGUUACUAUACCGUAAGCAACAGCGUCGCCGGCAAGAUGAACGGUAAUAACGCGCAAAAACAGUAUGAGCAUCGUUACUAUACCAAGAGUUCUACCUGCGGAUACUUCACGUUUUCCUGCAACGUUGUGUACGGCUCUAACGGUAGGACGAAAAUUUGCAAGCCGAAAGCACCGACGUAUCCGGACGGCACACCUAUGAGAUGUUGAGCAGCCAAAAUACUCACAGAGGGAGAGAGAGAGAGAGAGAGAGACAAUAUGUCGAUCAUUAUGUUCUAUAAUCGAUUCCGCAAAGCAUCUCUUGUUCUGAAUCGUCCCGUUUCCGCUCGUCGUACGUGACUUGCUUCAGUUGUAGAAACCAAUUAAUCGCUUUCGCACGCAUAUUGACACUGUAACUUAUUCUAUCUGCAAAUUCAAUACGAUUCCACUUCCUGGCAGCUUAGUGCCAGUCGUGCGUAAACAUAAGAAUUAAGCAAAUACAACAGAGAGACGUCUCGAUUUUAUGGAUUGGUAAUCCGAGUGUGUAAACUUUCAAAUCCAUAAUAUCGAAGAUUCAUCGUACGUAUCAUAUAUACUCUGACAUUAUAAGUUUAUUUUUUUUAUUGAGAUAUUUCCAAAAUUGAUUGUAUAGUGUGAACAUGUUGCUACAUCAAUCGCUGCUAUUUAUUAAGUUUCUAUCAAUAAAAUACACUUUACUCAAAAGCAAAAAUUCUCUUUUGAUCCUUUCCUCAUAGUAGUUAGGAAAGAUAAUUAACAAUAAUAUUCGAUUUGUCGUAGUAUCUGUGAAGAUUUGUUCGAAUGUUGUCUAUUGCAUUAUUCGCAUGUAAUAUUCUUGUGGUAUACGCACGUAGAUUAUUGUUCUAGUUUACGUUCCAUAUAGAUUUUCGAUAUUGACAUAAAAGGUU